GAGACUCCCGCGACGUACGCGGCUCUGAAUGCGCGUAGAACCCGACUGAACCGAACCAAACCGAACCGGACCGAACCCAACACAACGGGCCAGAAAGGGCAGGGCCAAGGGGCGAGGCCUGCGCCCUAGCUUAUGUCCGUGACGACCCGGAUGGGGGCCCAACUGGGAACAGCGUCUAGGAAGUGGAGGCACUGGCUGAGUGACUGCAGGGGGCCUCCCAAUGAGCCGCUCAUCGUUGUCGGGCAGGGCCUGCUGCGAAAGACCCCGGGCUGGCUGGACGAGAGGGGACCCUGGGGCCCCCAGAGUACGAACGGGAAGAGAGUGCGUUUUCCUGUCUGCCUCCAGGGAGCGGGAAACAGAGUAGCCGGAGAACCGACCCCUAGGGCUCGGCCAGCAGCCAAGGAUGUUAAGCAGCUCACGGCGGGACGGUCCUCGACCUGGGCGGGGUACAACCCCUGGAGUCGCUGGGCCGCGCGGAGGCCUGUGGAGCUCAGCCGGGAGAAACUGGGAAAACGCGUCACAUGGGGAAGCUAUUUCUGCUUCUCGCCAGCCUUCGGCUCUAGGGCUUGCUCCCGGGCGGUCUCCCCAAAGCCAUCGUACCGUGAUUUGUGGGAGGAACGUUUGGCUGCCGAGCUUAUCAAGUUAGCGGAAGACUCCAGCAACCCCCUUCAACCGGAUGUUAGUUUCGUAUAUAAUUUUCUCAACCAAGAGAAGCUAACGAAGGCAGAAAAGAGGUUUAAAGAAAAGGCAAUGGUGGAAAUGAUGAAGCUGGACAAGCAAAUCAAAGAAUUUCAAGUCCGACUAGAACCCCUAGUGGAGCAAACCAGGCAGUUACUCACCGAAAAGGCACAUGUUCAGGAGGAAAACCAGUUCUUUCUGGAAUACAUGACCAAGCACACUGAGGAGGCUAAACAGCGAGCCGAGAAGCUGUGGAACGACUGUUUACAACAAAGUAGGGAGAUUGAACAAACGAGACAAAAAUUAGCCUCCAAAUAUGUGGAAAAAAAUUCAGCGCUUAAAACAGAGUUCCUACAGAAGGCAAAUAUCCUAUCCAAUCUGAAUCAGCAAUUGCACCGAAUGAGGGACGUUUUCAUAAUAAAGGAGAAACAGGAGAAAGAAAUUCAGACAUUACAGGAGGAGAUAAAGAAAACCCCGGCUGAGACAGCUGCAAAGAAGGAGGCCAUGCUGGUCCAAUUCCUCCAGGAAAAAGCAUCACUGGCGGCACAACUGAGUGAGCUAGACGCCAGGCGAGUGGGAAAGAGACCAACAAAUGGGAUUCAGGCCUUGGAGAAGGCAGCAAAGCAGUACACUUUGGACUUCCACAGUAGUGUCAACAGACAGAACCAGCGGUUACAGAAGGAAAUUCCACAGCUAAUUCAGAAAUACCGGAAGUUGGAGGCUACUCAGAGCCAUAUAAAAAAGAAAAAGCAGCAUCUGCAGCAGGAGCAGUGGUACCUGGAGUGCUUAAGCCGCGGGAGGCAACGGCUGCAAGAAAGGCGUAAUCUGUGCCCAAAUGGACAGGGUACUCCCAAAGACCACACUGAACCCUGCCCUAGGCACCAAAUCAAGGAUGCUUCCAGAGUAAUUCCUAAAAUAACUCUGACUAGGUCCGGACUGGAGCAAGGGUUCUUAGGUGCUACCUAACAUAAACCUGGUUAGGAAGGCUUUGGGAUCUCUGGUUGCUAUGGUAAAAUAACCAUCAUAAUGUGUUAGUGUGAAGGAUUUGGUGUUUCUCCAGCAGUACUGCUAGAUUAUUUGUGGGACUGCCUUCCCUUAAAGUUAGGUUUUUCUUUAAUUAGCUCUUGUUAAUAAACAGGAUGUUUCUCAUACCUCCAGAUAACCCAAUACCAUUUGCCAGAAAUCUGCUGGUGAAACUAGUUCAAGAAAACCACCUUGAGGAAAACACUUGUGUGGUGUGUUUCACCUAGCUAAUUUAGGCUUCUUUAUAGAAAAAGUCGCCCCCGAAGCAUACCAUUUCAGAUUGAUGUAUAUGUGUGCUCUCUGUUCCAUAAACAACAGUGUAUCCUCAUCUUUUGGCCACGUUAGCAUACAAAGACAAAGUGAUUUUACUCUCUUUGUAAAGUCUGUGACAGUGACCGGAAAGCUCCUUGAGUAGUUCUCUCAAGACUGAAAAAUACUCUAAUUGCAAGUAUAAUAAGCCCUAGGCAGAAUGACCUUCUGUCUGACACUCAGCCCAUACAAUUGUGAGAAGGGAUGAGAAUUAGAAGGGAUGUACACAAGGUCAGCUCUGACUUUCGAAAAUAAUCUUUGUGGAGAAAUACCUCUAGCCUGAAUGAGGUACUGAAUGACUCUACCUGUUUCAGGAAAAAGUAUCAAAAGGUUUUUCAAAUAUUUGGAGAACGUUUUAAAGUCUUUUGCCAUUUAUUUCCCUAAUAACAUCCUAAAUUCCAAGAUGACAAGUAAAAUGACUGAAGGUUCUGCAGAGUGAGUACUUUAGUUUUAAGUCACUUACAUUUUCUUACUACAUAUGCACUUACUUGUCCUUGAAAUGCCUUUGUUAUUCACGUCUAUCCUAUGUUUAUGCCCCUUAAGUAGAACUAGGAAUAGUAUUUUAAAUUAGUAUAGACUUUUAAGGUAGUUACAGUCUUUGGCACUUACGACAUACUGAUAGGUAGACCAGGGAUUUAUGUGGACCCUGUACAGAAAUAUAACUCCGUAUUUUUACAUUGUCCCCAAUGGGAACACAGAAUCAACUUUGUUUUCAAGAGACUGUCAGUGAUGAAAAACUUCACAAUAAUUUUCCUGGAUUUUCAGUUUUAUAUGUAAAGUGAAUUCCUCUAAAAUUGGAUUCAGAAAAAGAAUCUCCCUCAAUGUGCCUUUAACUCCUAGCAUUGAAUUUCUGUUAAAUGUGCUAUUUCUUGGUUCUUAGGCAAAAUUUUUGUUAUUUGAAAAUAAAAACCUCGGAUUAUUAUUUACCCAAUGAUCACUAUUGUUUCGAUGCUCUUACACUUUCUCUCUCUUCUCUUUACCAACUCUGCAUGUCUUCUUCAUACUAAUGUGUACAUAAUAAAACUGCAGAACGUUAGGUGGCCCACAGGUACAUUAACCUGAAUAGUUCAAUUAAGUGGAGCUAAAAACACAGAAAGCCUGAACUUCAAAACCGUGGUAUCCAAGACACAUUGAAGCCCUUACUCUCUGGGGAUGCAAAAAAACCCACAAAAAACAAACAAAAAACCAACCAUAGGAAAAUAACUAAAGAUAAGGGGUUUGAAAAUAGGAAGGAUAAAGAAUUUUAUUUUGCUAUUAAUUCCCCAUCCUGCCAGUGUUAUCCUGAUGAUCUAAUUCAGUUUCUUUUGAAUUCCUCUCAUCCCAGAUAAAUCUGAUCUGGUAUACUAUGUCUGACUCUUGCUUUGAGUAUCAUUCUGAGGGCUGAAGACUAAAGGGUGAGUCAUCUGACAAAGGUCCUUGGAAAUCCGUAUCUGCAAGCCACCAGUAAGUUGGCCAACUAGGAUCUCAGUCUACUCUUUGCUAUGCAGGAAAGGAAAGAGGGUGAUGUUACAGAAAGUGCGUUUGGAUGGAAAAAAUCUCCGAGCUGAAAUUUAGGUUUAAGACUUGAAUGAUAAAAUGAAGCCUGCAGUGCAAGAACUGGGGAAGAAUCAUUCCAGGCAGAGGGAACAGUGAAUGCAGAGGCCCUAAGAUGGGAAGGAGCUUGGAAGGAUCAAGGAACAGAAGAGUCAGUGUGGCUAAGUGUAGUUGGGGAAUGGCCAGAGAACAAAGGUGGAGGUGAGGCAGAAGAGGCUAAAAGGUUAAUGGUGGGAUCACAGAGGGCCUUAAAGGAUAAGAUAAAGGAAAUGACUUUUUUCUUAGUGCACUGAGAAAUCACUAGGCUUUGAGCAUGUGAAUGAAGUCUGAUUUACAAUAUAAAAAAUUCACACAGCUGUAUGAGGAGUGUACCAAGCCAGAGAAAAGCAGAAGAAGGAAUCCACUGAGGAAGCUAUGGCAUUGAGACCAGAGGUGGUGGUGAUGGUUUGGACAGGGAUGGCAGACAUGGAUGUGAAGAGAAAAUAUAGAGGAGAGCCAACUGUGAUGGUGGGGGUGGAAAUGAAAGGGGAAAAUGAAGCAGAAGUAAAAUUCCUAAAGUGUUCCCUUUGAUGAAGGAAAUGAGCACAAUGUAUCUUUUCUUGUUUGUAUGAACUGGUUUUUUAAAUGAAGCAUUUCAGACAUACCAAAAAAUACAGAAAACUAUAACAAACUCACUAUCUAUCUGAAGAUACAAGAACUUACCAUUUGUUGUAGUCCCUCUGAAUCCCAUAAGCACUAUUUAAAUUUGGUGUGUAUCAUACCUGUGCAUGUUUUCAUAUUUUUCUAUAUUUUAUUAAAAUAUAAAUAUUUUAAUAACUUAUUUUCCCGG